AUGAAGAUGAAGAAAAGGGGUGCGAAUGAUUACAAGCCCAAUAACAAGAGGAAGGAGAAACGACAGCAGAAGAAUCAGAGAAGGAGCUGGAACAAUAACAAUUCUACUGCACAAACUCCUCCAGGUGGCGAAGACCAACGUUUCGCUCCUCGUGUUGGAACACCGUCAAACCAAGACAGUCAUCACCAAGGCUCAGGCUCUAGACAGGGUUCUGUUGGUGAUCAAGGCGUGAUUCCUCCUUCGUUCCCACAUAGGCCUCAAGCACAAGCAUUUCCUCCUCCGAAUGGAAGUUGGAACAAUGGGUUUCCACAACAUCAGCAGCUAAAUGCAAACCUUCUUGCUGGACUCCCACCAAACGGCAUGCUGUGGAUGCAGCAAAACCUACCGUACCUGUACCCGACUGGUGCACCAUUUCAACAGCAAAUCGGUAUGAUACCAGGAAUGCCACCAAACUUCAAUCCAAUGGCUGGACUACCAAAUAUUGGUGGGAUAAUUCCACCUUGGCCUAUGGAUCAGAACACAUCGCAGUUUGCAGUGCAGGGCCGGCAAGGUCCACCACAGCCUCAGUUUGGAGCGCAGGGCCAGCAAGGUCCACCACGGCCUCAGUUUGGAGCGCAGGGCCAGCAAGGUCCACAACAGCCUCAGUUUGGAGCGCAGGGCCAGCAAGGUCCCCCACGGCCUCAGUUUGGAGUGCAGGGCCACCAAGGUCCACCGCCGCUGCCUCUGAAUGGUGCUGGAGAGCAAGCAGUUCAGCCUCAGGUUUCUUCAGAUGGUCAGCCACAGCCUCAAGCCAUGAGUUUCAAUGGAAGCCGUGGUGGUGGCCGUCGUAGCGGCCCUCAUGGUGGAAGAGGGAAUCACAGAGGCCGUGGGCGUUAUGGUGGUGGCAGGCAUUCUUGA